AUGACAGGGGUGCUCAAGGAUUCAACCCCAGCAGAGGAUCUCGCGAUUGAGAAGAAUGGGACUGAUGUCAUUUUCAACGAACAAACUAAUUAUGUGCCUAAGCGUACGAUUAUCACGAUUUUCCUAGCAUGUUCCAGCGUUGAUCUACUAGCGUUAAUGGACCAGACGACCCUGGCAGCCAGUGUGUCUGUCAUAGGGAACCAACUGGGAGCCAGCAACCAAACUUCCUGGAUUUCGGGCAGUUAUUUCGUUACAUCAACCUGUUCCCAACUGCUAUAUGGAAAACUAUCCGACAUCUGGUCUCGCAAGCUUGUGCUCGUCGUUGGCCUAGCCAUUUUCUUCAUCGGUUCAUUGGCUGCUUCCCUUGCACAGACAGCCACGCAAUUGAUUGUCUUCCGUGCUUUCACCGGAGUUGGUGGCGGUGGUCUCAUGACGGUCGCACAGAUGAUCGUCAGCGAUGUUGUCCCUCUACGUGAACGAGGAAAAUAUCAAGGUAUUCUAGGUGCUGUCGUUGCUAUUGCUAAUGGCAUUGGCCCUAUCAUCGGAGGCGCACUAGCCUCCAUUUCAGAAGACUCAUGGCGAUGGAUCUUCCGCUUGAACCUUCCGCUCACUAUAUUAACCACGUUGACUGUUUUGUUCUUUAUGCCACUUCGAAAAGUCACAGGCAACUGGAAAGUCAAGCUCAAGGCCAUUGAUUUCUUUGGUGCGCUUCUGGCUCUCGGGGGAACUUCGGUCUUACUGCUUGGUUUGACUUGGGGUGGCGGCGAGUAUGAAUGGAAAUCGGCACAUGUCAUUGUGACUCUGGUCGUUGGAUUUACCAUCUCUGUUGCAUUUGUUGCGUGGCAGUGGAAGGGCGCGUCGACACCGCUGGUUCCGAUCCACAUCUUCCAGGGUAGGAUCGUGAACGGUGCGUGUUUGACCAUGUUCAUCAACGGGUGGAACUUUCUGGUGCAAGUAUACUAUAUUCCCACUUUCUAUCAGCUGGUAUUUGGAUACUCGACGGUAAAAGCGGCUGCAAUGCUGCUUCCCAUUACUCUCAUGCAAACAAUCAGCAGUACAGGCUCUGGUCUUGUUGUACACUGGGUAGGUCGAUACCGUGAAUGCAUCCUUUUUGGAUGGAUUAUCUGGGCUAUUGGUCUGGGUCUUUUCUCAACGCUCGAUCAACAUUCGGGAUUAGGAAAGCAGAUUGGAUAUGGCAUUCUGACUGGUGUCGGGGUUGGAAAUACUUUGCAGCCAUCUCUUAUUGCCGUUCAAGCCGGUGUUGAAAGACGGGAUAUGGCUGUGAUCACCUCAUUCAGGAACUUCGUGCGAAACCUCGGCGGCACUGUCGGGCUCGCUAUUGCUGGCACUCUCAUAAAUAACAUUGUUUCGUCGUCCAUCUCAGUCCUCAGUCUCGACGAAUCUCAGUCCCGCUCUCUUCUAUCAAGUCCACAGACUUAUCUUUCAAAGUUAUCUGCCGCAGAUGCCGAUCAUGUCCGUGGUGUGUUGAGACCGGCCUAUCAAAAGGGAUUCCGUAUCAUCUUCAUUGCCGGUGCAUCCCUUGCGACAUUUGCUUUCUUUUUAGCUGUAUGGCUGAUGCCUCAGGUUGGUCUGAACCGAGCAGACGAUCAAGCCUUGAAAGAAGAAGGAAAGAAACGAAUUAAAGGAGAGUUGGACGAAGAAAAUGGAGGGAGCUAG